AUGCCUGCCAACGGUGUGUGUAGUGUCGGUUUGGAGGUGAUCGAAGAUACGGCCACCUAUACCAGCGGCUCGGACAGUGCGGGCGUCUCGGAGGACGAAGAUGUGCAGCAGCUGUUCGUGAACGGUACGCAUCGUGUUACGAGUGUGUCCCUGCCCAAGAAGUCGGAUACGCGUGGCAAGUUGUCGCAGCAACCGGAUGAAGGCAAAGCAGUGUCGGAAAAGCGUUACGCGAGUCUGCCCAACCGUGAGCAGCACCAGCAAUUCCUGACGGAGUUCCUGACGGAGGUGCUCAAUUCGGCCGUCUUCAAUGCUACCGAUCGUUCGAACAAAGUACUCAACUGGGUCGAUCCGGAGGAGCUGAAGCGUACGCUCGAUCUGGCCAUUAAGGAUGAACCGGAUACGCACGAAAAGUUGCUGGAGUUGACGCGGGCCACCAUUAGGCACUCGGUUAAGACGGGUCAUCCCUACUUCAUGAACCAGCUGUUCUCGUCAGUCGAUCCGUACGGUUUCGCCGGCCAAGUGUUGACCGAUGCGCUAAACCCAAGCGUCUACACGUUCGAGGUGUCGCCUGUGUUUGUCCUGAUGGAGGAGGUUGUGCUGCGCGAAAUGCGUUCGAUCGUGGGCUACCCGAACGGGGACGGUGAUGGAAUAUUCGCACCCGGCGGUUCGAUGGCCAACGGGUACGCAAUUAGCUGCGCUCGCCACAAGUUCAUGCCUGACAUUAAGGCGAAAGGAUUAAAUGCUCUUCCGCGGCUGGUUAUCUUCACAUCGGAAGACGCUCAUUACUCCGUAAAGAAGUUGGCUUCGUUCAUGGGUAUCGGUUCGGACAACGUUUACGCCAUCAAGACCGACAGCAUUGGCAAAAUUCGGCCCGAUCAUUUGGAGAGUGAAAUCUUGCGUGCCAAAUCAGAGGGAGCCCUACCGUUCAUGGUAUCGGCCACCGCAGGAACGACCGUAAUUGGUGCGUUCGAUCCGUUGGAACAGAUUGCCGAUCUGUGUGCUAAGUACAAUCUCUGGAUGCACGUCGAUGCGGCUUGGGGUGGUGGUGCUCUGAUGUCCAAGAAGUAUCGUACCCUGCUGAAGGGUAUCGAAAGGUCCGAUUCGGUCACCUGGAAUCCCCACAAGCUGCUGGCGGCUCCACAGCAAUGCUCCACGCUGCUUACGCGCCACCGGAACAUCCUAUCUGAGUGCCAUUCCACGAAUGCCACGUACUUGUUCCAGAAGGACAAAUUCUACGACACACGGUACGAUACCGGCGACAAACACAUCCAGUGUGGCCGACGGGCCGAUGUGCUCAAGUUCUGGUUCAUGUGGCGCGCCAAGGGUUCUGCCGGGUUCGAACAGCACAUCGACAAGGUGUUCGAAAAUGCGGAACACUUUACUAACAGUAUUAAAGCAAGGCCCGGAUUCGAGAUGGUCAUCGAAAAUCCCGAGUGUACCAACGUGUGCUUCUGGUAUGUUCCGCCAGGAUUACGCAGUGUGCCGCGCGAUUCGACCGAAUUCCGGGAACGGCUGCAUAAGGUUGCACCGAAGGUGAAAGAGCGCAUGAUGAAGGAAGGUUCGAUGAUGAUCACCUACCAGCCGAUUCACGAUAAACCGAACUUCUUCCGGCUAGUGCUGCAAAACUCGUCGCUGGACAAGUCGGACAUGAACUACAUUAUCGACGAAAUUGAACGAUUGGGCAAGGAUCUGUAA